AAUGAAUAAAGAUCAACCAGUUAAAAUAGAGGAUCGAUAUCUUCUUGCUUCCCUACAUUAUUAAGGUCGUCAUUCGAACUUUUAUAAUGCUGUUGACAUCAAACAAGAACAAAAAUAGAUUCUAAUAUAAAUAGUAUGAUGAAGUUCUUAUAAUAAUUAGAUAACUGAUUAAUUAUGUAUUUGUAAAUUAUUCAAACGAUUGGAGUAGUGUAAUAUAUAUUUUAUGAUAAAGUAUAGCUAUUGAUCAUAGAGACAAAUCUAAUGAUCAUCAUAAUAGGAUGUCAAGAUUCAUUCCAAUUCCAAGAAUAUAUAAGAUGGGAACCCUAGUAGUGUAAGACAUUUCUUACAAUUACAUUGCUUGGCAAAAAAGUGGACCAUCUUUAAAAUUAUGCUUCAAAUUGAUGAAAUACAAAUUUUCUUUUAAAACUAUUACUUUAGUAGCACUAAAAAUGGUAAUUAAAUAAUAACAAUUUUUAUUAAGAUUACUAAUUUGUAGUAAAUUCAUAAUUUAAACAUUUUACAUAGAAGUCUAAAAUUAUCAUGUAUUAUGACUACAAAUCAUUCGAAUUUAUUAAUCACUAAUUUUGACGAUUAUGUAGAAUUUUUAAAUAAAGAUGGUAAAAUUUCAAACAAAGCUAAAUAAAUUCAUAUAAAAACAACUAAAUUUAGUAGCAUUGGAUAACAUUUACAAUAGAGUAAAUUCAAUAAUCAAUUUUUUAGUACCAUCACCUAGAGAUGAUUUAGAAACUCUUGGUUAUCUCUUGUUAUAUUUGCUAUCUUAAGGAAAACUACCAACCAAAUGUAAAUCUAAAGAUUUAAACAUAAGAGAAAAAUUUUAUAUGGAAUUUAAAAGAUCAUUUCUACCAGAAAAAGAAUUGAAAUAAUUUCCAGAACCAUUUUUACAGUUUUUUUAAAAUGUUUUCAAAUUAGGAAUCAAAGAAAUUCCUAAUUAUGAAAUAUUGAAAUAACCCUUCAUUCAAUAUUUAGGUAGAUAGGAAUAAGAUUAAAAUUUUGAUUGGUCAGAAGUAUUUAAACCUUUUGCUGAAUAAACAGCAACAUCAGAAAAUUCAUUAAGAGAUAAAGCUUUUUCCAUAGAAUCUCUAAUGAUUAAUAAUUUUAAAAAAGAGCUCCAUAAAGAUAAUUAAUCAGCUCCAACAAGUCCAACUGAUUUAUAAGCAUAAAAGAAAUAAAUAAAAUCUUCUAGAUAUACUCUUGCACCUAUUUUAGAAAAAAAUGAAUCCUUAAUGACAAACUUCAAUAAUUGUGAUUCUAAUGCAGCAUCACCUAGAUUUUAUCAUUUGGCAAAUUAUAAAUUUGAUAAUUGUCAAUAAGAUUCAUCUUCAGGUGAAAUUAGUCCAACAGAUGAACCUACCGUUGAUCAACUACCAACUUUUGAAUAACACCAUCAUGAUACUAUGUGA